ACAUGGUUUUAGGAAGAUGGGAAAGUACAUCAUCGUUUUUUUAUAGCCUCAACUAGAGCGUGUCUUAAGUCACUUCAAUGGCGGAAAUGGAACCCAAGCCAAAAGACUCGAUUUCAGAAAAUGAUGUCAAAUCUCCAAACAUUUUUGAGCGAGCUAAGGAGGAGAUUGAGGCAGUUUUUCAUCAUGACAAAUCGCCUCACCAUCACAAAGAAACUCAUGGGAGAAGUGAUGACAUUGAUGAGGAAACUUCAGUUGAAGAAGUCAAAGCGCCCAGUGUGUUUGCACGGGUGAAGGAGGAGAUUGAAGCUGUAGUUGAGGCCAUUCAUCCCAAGAAAGAAUCUGGCACUCAAGACUCGCCAUCAAAAUGAUGGGUGGGAUGUACCUUUAUUUUGUAACAAAGACUGUGAAGACUUGUCUCAAUGGUGUUAAGCAUCAAAACUACUAUGUUUGUUUUGUCAACU